GUGUCAAAUAUCAACGACAAUAUGGGAGAACGAUUUUUAGUGAGUUAUAUUAAAAUCGAUAAUUGUUUCGCGUAUGUCCCGGACAUCUGGCUACGUAGACAUGGAACAAAGAAUAAUGUCAUCUCGGUAUUACACAAGGACUCGACUUACUUUUUAUCAUGUAGUUCGAGACAAAUUACCGAUAAAGCGUUAUGUCUUUCUGCGCCAUUUGCGAAAUCUUUGAAUAUAGAGGAAGGUGAUGAAGUUUUUGUAUCUUUUGUAAAAGAUGUAUCAUCAUUGAUGAGUAUAACAGUUGUUCCACGAACAAAUGAAGAUCGUGAAAUAUUGGAACUUCAAGUCGAUAAAAUACAAUCGACUUUGUUAAAUAAAAUUCAAAUAGUUGCGAAAAAUCAGCCCAUAGUAAUUUGGGUCUCGAAAUUUUCAACUAUAGUUGUAACUACAGAAAUGCUCGAACCAAAUUUUUCUUAUGGAAAAUUGGAACAAUUUACGGAAGUUCACGUGACUAAUGAAAUUCGAACUACUGUAAACAAACAAAUAGAAUCAUCAAACGAUGAUGAUAGAUUUAAUUUGUGUAAUAAAUUAAAAAAAUUAAUACCAUAUUUUUCGGAGAUUGAGAAUAAUAAGAAAAAUGACAUAGAUAAAAAUUACUCGUUGUUACAAAAUUAUCGACGAGAACAAAAUCAAUGGAUUGUUUAUCGAGUACAUUUCUUUCCCGAAUUAAGUUCGUUUGAUAAUACUAAUUCAAUCGAUGUUAUUUUGAGAUCUCCUUAUAACGUUUUUGUAUCACGACUUCACGUACCGAAAGAAAUACAAUAUACGAAUGAUGGUAUUAUUUGUAAAAUGAAAAAAGUAUCGGAGGAACAAGUAAACGUUAAUACACAAAGUACACAUUUUUUGAAAAAUAUAGAAUCACCAAUUCCAAGUUUAUCUUCGGAAUUAACGGUGAAAGUUUUCAUAUUGGAGGACCUUUUGGAUAAAUUUCCAGACGUUAUAGAUAAAAUUCAAUUAAAGCUAGAUUACGUUCACAGUAAUAUUUAUAUUUCUGAGUGCGUAAGAAUUGGAUUGCGUUUAAAGAUGGGUGCAAAAGUUGUCUUAUCACCGAUCGAAGUUAAGAAAAAUUCAAUUCCAUUGACCAUUGAAGUUUAUCCGAUGAUACAAACAACGUCUUUGCAAAAUAUCAAAGAUUUUUUUCAAAGAUAUUCUAUUCAUCAAAAGGUAUUAUUAAAUUCUUGUGCACCAAUUAAACUUAACGAUGGUAAUCGAUGUAUCGUUAAACUUUUACCGGAAAAAUGUACGCAUGCUUUUCUCGACAAAGAUUUACUUACAAAUAUUACGAUUCAUCUUAAAUCAAAAUUAGAUUUGGACGAUUUGUUAACACUGGAAUAUGAAAUGGAGGAUGACUCUCACGACAAAAUUUCUACGAGACAUUUAGAAAAUAUUCUUUCGGAAUGUCAAAUAACAUUAGAUCUCAGUUUACGAUUAAAUGCACCAACGAAUCUCGAGUAUAAUAGAGAAAAUAUUUUAAUAUGCGGUGAUGUUGGUUCAGGAAAAUCAACUUUAUGUAAAAUAUUAAUUAAAAGAUUACAAAAAUCACCGUAUUUUGUACAUACCCAUUUAAUCGAUUGUAUAUCGUUCAAAGGAAAAAAAGUAGAAAUGUUACAGAAAGUCAUAUGUGCAGCGAUAUCUCAAUGUAUUUAUCAUCAACCGUCUGUACUAUUUUUGGAAAAUAUCGAAAGUAUUACUAUGAUAUCAUCAAACAACGAAGAGAAUAAUACCCCUGAUUCUGUAAAUGCAUUUAGGGUUACUGACAUGAUCAUCAAUGCUGUAACGCAAUGUCAAGAAUCUCAUUACGUUUCAAUCAUAGCUACGUGCGUUAGUAUGAAUAACAUUGGCAAAAAAAUGAGACCAUUGAAAGGAUCAAAUUUUUUUCGAACGAUUCUCUCAAUACCAAAUCUCGAAAAGCCGGAUAGAAUCGAUAUUUUGCAAUUAAUGCUCGAGGACAAGUUGUAUAUGCCUGGCAACGUGAAUUGGGAUUACUAUGGUAACAAGACGGAGGGAUGGAUGGUACAAGAUCUCGUUGAUGUGGCAGAUAAGGCGACGUUUGCAGCUUGGAAACGUUGUGCAAAAGAAGAUAUCAAACCACCGAUAGUUAUAACAGAGGACGAUAUUUCUAAUGUCUUGAAAAAUUAUAAACCAUUGUCUUUGCAAGGUGUUCAAUUGUAUAAAGGAUCUGAUCACACUUGGUCAGAUAUCGGAGGAUUAGUUGAAAUUAAAAAAUCAUUGACGGAGAUUUUACAUUGGCCAUUAAAGUAUCCUGAAAUAUUUCAAAAUGCACCUAUCAAACUUCAAAGUGGUGUUUUGUUGUAUGGUAUGCCAGGUACAGGGAAGACUCUUUUAGGCAAAGCUAUAGCUAAUGAAUGUGGGGUUAAUUUAAUUAGUGUUAAGGGUCCUGAAUUGUUAUCCAAGUACAUUGGGGUGAGUGAAGAAUCUGUAAGAAAAAUUUUCGAAAGAGCACUUCGCGCUAAACCAUGCGUUCUUUUCUUCGAUGAAUUCGAUAGUCUUGCUCCAAGACGUGGUCAUGAUAGUACAGGUGUAACGGAUAGAGUGGUGAAUCAAUUGUUGACCCAACUUGAUGGUAUUGAAGACAGAGAAGGUGUUGCCGUAGUGGCAGCCACGUCUAGACCAGAUUUAUUAGAUCCAGCUCUUUUAAGACCUGGUCGUUUGGAUAAAUCGUUAUAUUGUCCAAUACCAAAUGAGGUAGAAAGAGAAGAAAUAUUGCAUGUUCUUUGUCAAUCCCAAAACAUAAACAUAACAGAAAUAGAUUUGAAAGAAAUCGCACGUAUUUCGGUUGAAUUAACUGGUGCCGAUUUAAACUCGAUAAUAACCCAAGCUAAAUUGGCUGCGUUUGAAGAUGCCGUCAAAAUCAUACCGGAGGAGAAAAUUCAAGCCUCGGAUAUAAAAGUAACUCAAGAACAUUUAGUAGAGUCUGCUAAGUCGAUUCAACCGUCUCUCUCAUCAAAGGAAAUAGACAAAUAUCUAAGAAUUUAUGCGAGAUUCUCGAAAAACGAUACUUUCGUCGAGGACAUAUUGAAGAAUCAAAAAUCAACAUUAGCGUGAUGCAAGAUAAUUCAAUUAUUUUGUCAAUAAAAAAAAACAUGUGUACAUAUCACACACGUUAAAAGUUAAACCUUCAAAUAAACAACUU